GCGGUAUCAUCAUGUCAGGUAGAGGCAAAGGAGGCAAAGGACUCGGAAAAGGAGGCGCCAAGCGUCAUCGCAAGGUUCUCCGUGAUAACAUCCAGGGCAUCACCAAGCCCGCCAUCCGCCGCCUGGCUCGCCGCGGUGGCGUGAAACGUAUUUCAGGCUUGAUCUACGAAGAGACACGCGGUGUGCUGAAGGUGUUCCUGGAGAACGUCAUCCGUGAUGCCGUUACCUACACCGAGCACGCUAAAAGGAAGACCGUGACCGCCAUGGACGUGGUCUACGCUCUGAAGCGCCAGGGACGUACUCUGUACGGCUUCGGCGGUUAAAUCAACAUUAAGUAGACAUAUCGAGGUUCAACAAAGGCUCUUUUAAGAGCCACCCACAUGUUAAGCAUCAAAGACAUGUUUCCAUAAUCCUUGUGAAGUGACUUGUAUGUCUAGAAUGUAUCCUAGGUGACUAAAAUACGAUGAACAACGCUGGGUUGACUAGUGUAGAUUCGUCCCCCAGUUUUUGGCGCAUUUAAACUUCGAUUCAAUACCAGUCUACGCUAGAAAUCCAU